CGGCAGGGGGCGGAGUCCGCGCUCGGGCUUUUCGGCAGGGCGGUCGCGGCGUGGGGGAGGGGACGCGGUGCGGCCGAGUGCUGCGCGAGUUUGGGUCGGAGUCGGAGGGGAGGCGGCUGGCGGCCGCCUGGCGCUGACGUGUGGCGGCGACGCGGGCGCCUCGCGUCCGUAAGCAGUGACGAGGCGGCUACGUAAAGGCCAUCGCGGCGGGAUAGAGAAGAAAACGAGAAAGGAGCCAAGCAGUGAUUACAGAUGUCCUAAUAAUGAGUAAAUGUAGCAGAAAAAAAUAUAUUAAGACAAAUCUAAGACAAAUGACCAUGGAAACAAUUGCAUCUCAGCAGGAUGGAAAUGGAGCAGAUUCUGUGGCUGAGAGCAAAUCUGCUCGCAUGCAGACUUCACCUGGUCAGAAUCCAGUCCCUACUUUAGCCCAGGUUUCUGUAGCAGCUGGAUCAGGCACCGGGAGAGGCUCUCCAGCCGUUACUCUAGGGCAGUUACCUUCGGGCCAAACUGUGCAUGUCCAGGGAGUAAUUCAGACACCGCAGAUACACACAGGCCAGGUAGCAACAAUUGCAGAGACAGAUGAGUCUACAGAACCGGAAGGCAUAAUUGAUUCUCAUAAACGUAGAGAAAUUCUUUCACGAAGACCCUCUUAUAGAAAAAUACUGAAUGAACUUUCCUCUGAUGUGCCUGCUAUUCCCACGAUUGAAGAAGAAAAAUCAGAGGGAGAAGGAACGCCGCCUAACAUCGCUACCAUGGCUGUGCCGACUAGCAUAUAUCAGACUAGCACGGGGCAAUACAUUGCUAUAGCCCAAGGUGGAGCAAUCCAGAUUUCUAACCCAGGAACUGAUGGUGUUCAGGGACUACAGGCAUUAACAAUGACAAAUUCAGGAGCUCCUCCACCAGGUGCUACAAUUGUACAGUAUGCAGCACAAUCAGCUGAUGGCACACAGCAGUUCUUUGUCCCAGGCAGCCAGGUUGUUGUUCAAGAUGAGGAAACUGAACUUGCCCCAACUCACAUGGCUGCCGCCACGGGUGACAUCCCGACCUACCAGAUCCGAGCCCCCACGACCGGUUUGCCACAGGGAGUGGUGAUGGCCGCAUCCCCGGGAGGGCUGCACAGUCCCCAGCAACUAGCGGAAGAGGCCACGAGGAAGCGAGAGCUGAGGCUCAUGAAAAACAGGGAAGCUGCAAAAGAAUGUCGGCGUCGAAAGAAAGAAUAUGUGAAGUGUCUGGAGAGCCGGGUGGCGGUGCUGGAAGUUCAGAACAAGAAGCUUAUAGAGGAACUGGAAACCCUGAAAGACUUCUGCUCUCCCAAAGCAGACUAGCAGAGAUGUUUAACCAUGAACCGAUCACGACGUGUACAGUUGCUUUUGAAGGAAAUACAAUACAGAGCCGGCAAGAAUUAUGGCUUUUCUCCUUUGUAUCAUUCAUCUUACGCUCUAACCCUCACAUUCCCUCAGCGCUUCAUGGUCCCCAGUUGACGCUUAGCUCUCACUUCAGUUGUUUUUUUUUUUUUUAAAAAAAAGAGACAAA